GUCUAUUUUGCAGUUGUACUUAGGCGGGUACCCAAAACAACAUAAAAUCAAAAUUUUAAAACACAAAAAAUGGAAAACGAUACACCGGAAGUUCAAGAAGUGACCGUCGCCGUUGAUGGUUCUCACGGCGGAGGAAUUGGGGAUGCCUCCAUGGGAGGCGGCGGCGGCGGCGGCGGUGUUGAUGGCGGUGAUGAAGAGGAAGUGUUGAUGCUAGAGGACGGAAGUGGAAGCAGUGACCAAGUGAGAAAGAAAACAGCAGACCGUGUAAAAGGACCAUGGUCACCUGAAGAAGACGCUAUACUUAGUCGUUUGGUAAGCAAUUUUGGGGCGAGGAAUUGGAGUUUGAUCGCUCGUGGAAUUCCCGGCAGAUCGGGAAAAUCGUGCCGGUUGCGAUGGUGUAAUCAGCUUGACCCUGCUGUUAAACGCAAACCCUUUACCGAUGAAGAAGAUCGGAUUAUCCUUCAGGCUCAUGCCAUUCAUGGGAACAAAUGGGCAUCAAUUGCAAGGCUUUUGCCAGGUAGAACAGAUAAUGCCAUUAAAAAUCAUUGGAAUUCAACCUUGAGGCGCCGUUGUGCUGAACAUGGUAAGUUAAGAAGUGACUCCAGCAACAUCCUGGAGGAUGCUAGUGCUGGGAAAUCAAAAGCAUCAUCUGAGGAAACCCAAUCAUGUGGUGAUGUGAAUUCUUUGAAAGCAAUUGAAGCAAAAGACGUUAGCUCUCAAGAAAACCAAGAAGGUAAUCACUACGAGGAUAGGAGUCAAGAAGUAGUUCAACAGAGUGAUGUAGCAAAUGAUCCUCGUACUCUCUUCCGUCCUGUGGCUCGGAUAAGUGCUUUUAGCGUAUAUGGUUCUUUGAAUGUCCCAGAAUCCCAACUGCAAACUCCAAGGCUAAUUCCUACCCAAGCCCCUGAUCUUGGGAUCACCAAGUUGCUUGAAGGAGCUUUCACCGACAGAUUAGUGCCUCACCAAUGUGGCCAUGGCUGUUGUGGCAAUGUCAAUCAAGAAAUUAACGGAAGCUCACUAUUGGGGCCUGAGUUUGUUGACUACGCUGAGCCUCCUUCCUUCUCAAGCCAUGAGUUGGCCGCAUUAGCCACAGAGAUAAGUAACGUUGCUUGGUAUAAAAGUGGGUUGGAAAACAGCAGCAUUGAGGCUACCUUCAAUCCAACAACCAGGGCAGCCUGUGGUACCUCUCAUUUGCCAAGCAGACCAUUCUAAUCUUUCAAAUUAGUAAACUUGGAAUUGAUAAUGGAUGCAGUGUCAACCUCAACUACCAUAAUAUAAAAGAUUUUGAGGCUGAGUUGAUUUACCCAACUUAAUUGGAAUAUACACAGUACAGGAUUAAGAGAAGGUGGAUGGGAUACCUGAUUUAGUGUCCAAACUCUGGUUGAAAAGAGUGUAAAUGCAUUAUUUUUCCUAGGUCUUCAUUCAUUCAUGAUGAGGAAUUUUUAGAAAUUUUCUUAAAUUAGAUGAGUCCAGUAAAAUGGUAGUAUGAUCUGAAGCUUGAUAUGUUAUAAUUCAACAAGAUGAUGGAUUUCUUUUUUAUUCAAAGAGUGUGCUUCCUCCUUACUCAGUUGGGAUGAUGCAAAGGAAAAAGAAAGAUGGUACAUUCUUGUAAUUCAACAGUUCCUGGUAAAAUUGUAACAUGCCUUGUGCAUGGUUUAUUUUGUAGAGGGACUUUCAAUGAACAUCAUAUCAUUUAUAUUCAUUUCAUA